AUGGCAUCGAUUUCGGCCAGCCCCCCAGAAGAUGAAUCUAUGAAGAAGGAGAACUUGGAAUUCAUCCAUCUUGAAGAACAAGAACUAGCACAUUGCAAUCCUAGAAAUGAGUCCCCUGUGUAUGGUAUUGACGAGGCACAUCAGAAAAGGGUUAUUCGACGAAUUGAUCUCCGCCUCCUCCCAAUUCUUGGAAUCAUGUAUUCCAUAUCACUUAUUGAUAGGACCAACCUCGGUCUUGCAUUUGUAGCUGGAAUGGAGCAGGAUCUUGGACUUGACAUCGGCAAUAGGUAUACGAUCGUUGUUAUGGUAUUUUUCGUGGCAUACAUUAUAUUCGAGAUACCCAGCAAUCUGAUCCUUCCUCGAGCUGGUGCAGCAAACUGGCUAGCGUUUCUUGGAUUUAGCUUUGGAGUGAUCUUGAUCGGCAUGGGUUUCACCAAAAGUUGGACCACAAUGGUAGCUUGCCGAGUCCUGUUAGGUGUGAUGGAAGCCGGAUUUCUUCCAGGUUGCACAUAUCUAAUUACAUGUUGGUACACGCGAUUUGAGGUAGGCAAGAGGCUGGCCACUUUCUGGCUGGUUUCUGUUGUAUUGAACGCCUUUGCUGCAAUCUUUGCCUAUGCCUUGACCCUGCUAGACGGGAGCUACGGUCUGAACGGAUGGCGCUGGAUUUUCAUCGUCGAGGGUGCCAUUACCAGUAGCAUUUGUUUAAUUGGCUGGUUCAUCAUCAUCGAUUUUCCGACUCAAGCAGAUACGUUUCUCAAGCCGGAAGAAAAAGAAUUCAUCAUCGCCCGCAUAAACAACGACAGUGGAGACGCGGAAGAGGAUCCAAUUACCAUAGAACGGGUUAUUCAUCAUCUUAAGGACUGGAAAUUGUAUGUCUGGGCAUUCAAUCUCAUGGCCUCCACCCUGCCCGGAUAUGCGUACAGCUACUUCAAGACAGUCAUUCUCAUGGGCAUGGGCUUCAGCAACACACAGAGCCAGCUUCUCAGUGCCCCGCCUUACAUUAUUGCUGCAUUCUUUACAUAUUUGGGUGGCUGGCUCACCGAUAAAUAUCAAAUCCGUGGGCCGGUGAUUGCUGUCCAUCAACUGCUGACAGCAGUGGGGAUGUUGAUCACAGCCUAUGGCGGUGCAAGUGGGGCAAGGUACUUUGGAAUAUUCAUGGGUGUGGGAUUCCUACAGUUUUGUAUCCCCGGUGUGCUCGCAUUUCAAGCGAAUAACAUCACUUCCCACUCGAAGCGUGGAGUCGCAUCAGCAACCUGUCUUAUUGGCGGGGGUCUUGGGGGAAUUAUUGCAAGUGUCACGUUCAAGUCUGAUGAAAGUCCGCAUUAUACUACAGGCAUUUGGGUGACAUUUGGCAUUACAAUGGUUAGCAUAUGCUUAACCCUGAUGAUGGACUUUCACUUUUGGAAAACAAACAAAAAGGCCCGGGAGACAAAUGGCCAGAUUGAGGGUAUGGCAGGAUGGUACUAUACUCUUUGA